GUGGCUCGGGGGUCGGACUGCGGGUCUCCUUGCAGCGGCGGCAGCUCCAGGGCAGAGUAGGAACUGCGGCGGUCGGAGUGAUGGCAGGACAAGCGUUUAGAAAGUUUCUUCCCCUCUUUGACCGAGUUUUAGUUGAAAGGAGUGCAGCCGAAACUGUAACCAAAGGAGGCAUUAUGCUUCCAGAAAAAUCUCAAGGAAAAGUUUUGCAAGCAACUGUAGUAGCUGUUGGAUCAGGCUCUAAAGGAAAGGAUUUCUAUAAUUGGCCUGAUGAAUCCUUUGAUGAAAUGGACAGUACAUUAGCUGUUCAGCAGUAUAUUCAGCAGAACAUUAGAGCAGAUUGUUCCAAUAUUGACAAAAUACUUGAACCACCUGAAGGCCAAGAUGAAGGUGUAUGGAAAUAUGAACAUUUAAGGCAAUUCUGUCUUGAACUAAAUGGACUUGCAGUCAAACUUCAGAGUGAAUGCCAUCCAGAUACAUGUACUCAGAUGACAGCAACUGAACAAUGGAUUUUUCUUUGUGCAGCCCAUAAGACUCCAAAAGAGUGUCCUGCAAUAGACUAUACUAGACACACACUUGAUGGUGCUGCAUGUCUUCUGAAUAGCAAUAAAUAUUUUCCCAGCAGGGUUAGCAUAAAGGAAUCCUCUGUAGCAAAACUAGGAUCAGUAUGCCGUAGGAUUUACAGAAUAUUUUCACAUGCUUAUUUUCAUCAUCGGCAGAUAUUUGAUGAAUAUGAAAAUGAAACAUUUUUGUGUCACCGGUUUACCAAAUUUGUGAUGAAAUAUAAUUUGAUGUCCAAGGAUAACCUCAUCGUACCAAUUUUAGAAGAGGAAGUUCAGAAUUCAGUUUCUGGGGAAAGUGAAGCAUGAAGGGAAUAUUAUAGAAAAAAAUGUACUGAUCACAUAAUUAACAAUAAUUAUGUACUGUAUAUAUAUCGUUUAGACACAUCAAUCAUGUAUCCAUAUUAUAGUUUCUUUGUUUAGUAUAGGUUUUUGUAUGCUGAGUGUUGCCUUUUAAAAUGGGAAAUACUUUUUAAGUUAUUCAUGAGCUGUAUAUUCACCAGUGUGGCACUCAUGGUUUUUAAAUAAGAUUAGUAUUAUCUGUUUAUAAUGCCUGUUAAUAAAAGAAUUUACAGUUUGGUAAAAUUGCUGCUAAACAAUCAUUGGAUCACAAUCCUCAUCAGAUAAACCCGUCUAUGAAAUGAUGAGUGAGCUUGAGGUUUCGCACAAGCCAUUUACUAAAGAAAUAUUAAUAUUUUCCUUUGGUUCUACCCCUAGUUUAGAUACUCUAGAAAAUCCUGUAGUACAUUGUUCAGUCCUAACUGUUAACUUUUCAAAAGUGAGAGGAAAGUGUUUUCAAAUUCUGGUUAUAGUUUUUGAUACACAUAUAUGAUUAUGUGUAUAAUCCAAAUAUGAAUGCAAAUGAAGUAUUAGUAAUACCUAAGUAAUCUUACUGUGCUACACAGAGUAUAUUCUAGACCAGCAUACUUGCAAAGGAUUUGCCUUUCUGCAGCAGUGGACUGUUAGUUAGAUACAAGAUGAUGAUGAUGACAAGGCAUGUAAAUAAUGUUCCCACUGGAAACCUGCCCUGCCCUCCUCAUUUCCUUGAUUCCUCCCCCAAACCACAGUAGCUGAGAAGCUUUGCACCAGACUGUGAGUUAGUGGCUUAUACCUAUUUAUAUUUGGUUUAGUUGCUUACAGAUUAUACCUCAUAUUAGCAGUUACAUUACACUACAGGAAAGGUGGAUUGGCAUAGACUCUUGCUUAUCUUUGUUUUGCAAAAUUGUUCUAAUUACUUAGAAAGCAUUCUUUAAAAUAGUUUGAUUCUUCCUGUUAGUAAUAUUAAUCUUUUCAUCUAGCCAUCUAAGAAACAUUUAAAGAAUUUAAAAAUAUUAUAGUAUUUAUUUUACAUCCCUUCCCCACAAAGGUAAUGUUUGAACUAUAUGCACACAUUAGUCUUUUUGCAAAAUUCACAGCUUCCAAGGGUGUUGAUAAAUGGUCGUACAUUUUUUGGACUUUGUUAUAAUUCAGUAUCUUAUGAAAGAUUCAACUGCAGAUUUUACAACUUUAUAAUCUACUGAAUGCAAUUUUUAACAAAGCACUGGAGGUCUUAUUGCUAAGCUGGCUGUGAUGAGGCACUAAAGGCAAAAAGAUUAUACACGUAGUGAAGGAAAUAUUUAAGUCUAUCUCUUGAACAAAGUUAACAAUUGAGAACUUUUUCAUUUAAAAGGGUUAUUUUGAAAUGAAGAUGAAAAUGUAUUCAUCUUGAUUUUUUUUUUUCAAACUUGUGGAAGUAAUUUCUACCAUAUUACACAACAAAGGACAUACAGCAGAAAUGUAGGAAGUAGUAGCAAACUGAGUGUGUAUAUAUAUUUACGCAUUUCCAAGCCUGGCCAUGUAUUUGGCCUUGAAUAGUGCUAUCCCAGCAGCCAGUCGUUACUUUACCCACAACUAACUAUCUUUUUAAGAAGUUUUACGUUCAUAGUGAAAGCAAUGUUGACUUUGAAAUAAUGCAUUUAUAUUAAUGUCACUAUAAACCAAUGGGAAUAGUAAUUUUUUACACAAACUUGCUACAAUAUUGAGAGACUAAACUACUAAGUUAAUAAAUUAUAUAUAGCAAUGUAGCUGUUCUCUCUAGACGGUGUCUCACAAUGGAUUUCUGUUGCUUGAUUAUUUUCUUAGUAAACCUUUGAACUAAGGCCGUGGCUGGGAUUGGUGAUCUGGCUAAGUAUAUUGGAACACAUUCUGAAUACUAUGACUUGGUGUUAACGGGGAAAUAAAGUAUGUUUUUUCUUACUCA